AUGGAGACAACAGACACAAUGAUCAUAAAACAGCAAUCAAACAUGACACAAAGACUACUUCCAGCUGUUUUACCAGUUCUUUUUAUAGCAAUUUCAUAUAUAGAUCCAGGAAAAUGGGUUGCAACCAUUGAAGGAGGAGCCCGUUUUGGCUAUGAUCUUAUCAUACUUAUGUUUAUUUUUAGUUUGGCUGCUGUUCUUUGUCAUUACCUUUCAGCUUCUAUUGCCAUUGUCACAGGAAAAGAUCUUGCGCAGAUUUGCAGUAUGGAGUAUGACAUGGCAACGUGUGUGUUCUUAGGAAUUCAAGCAGAACUAUCUAUGAUCGCGUUAGACCUUUCUAUGAUUUUGGGCACAGCACAUGCACUAAAUCUUACAUUUGGAAUCGGUCUCUUUUCUUGUGUUCUUUUGACUUCAAUUGACGGGUUUCUAUUUCCGAUUUUCUCGAGUUAUUUGGAGACUGGAAAAGCAAAGUUUAUAUGUAUACGUUUAGCAACCGUUGCUUUACUUUCAUAUCUUUUUGGAGUGUUGAUGAGUCAGCGUGACACGUCACUUUCCAUGGGUGGAAUGCCUACAAGGUUAAAUGGGGAAAGUGUGUUUGCAUUAAUGAGUCUUCUUGGUGCUAGCAUCAUGCCUCAUAAUUUUUAUCUCCAUUCAUCAAUCGUUCAGCAAAAUCCGGGACCCACACAAGUUUCAAAGCAAGAUUUGUGUCAUGAUCAUCUUUUCUCCAUAGCCUGUGGUUUCAGUGGCAUUUUCGUAAUAAACUAUAUUCUCAUGAAUUCAGCAGCAAAUGUGUUCUACAGCACUGGCCUCGAUUUACUUACUUUCCAAGACGCGUUGUCUUUAAUGGACCAGGUAUUUAAGACACUUAUGGCGCCAUUUGCUUUAAUUCUGGUUCUACUACUUUCAAAUCACACAACAGCUUUGACCUGGAAGUUCAGUGGUCAAACCGUUCUUGAAAACUUUUUCAAAGUCAACAUUCCGGGUUGGUGUCAUCACUCAACAAUCAGAUUAAUCGCAAUAAUUCCUGCUUUAUUGUGUUCAUAUCAUUUGGGAGCUGAAGGGUCAUAUCAACUCAUGGUGUUCACCCAAAUUAUAGUCGCCCUUUUACUUCCAUCAUCUGUGAUCCCACUUUUUCGUGUUGCUUCAUCAAGAUCAAUAAUGGGUGUCAACAAAAUCUCUCAAUUUGUUGAGUAUUUAGUCUGGAUCACCUACAUUGGAAUGCUUGUUUUGGGGGUUGUGUUUGUGGUGGAAACCGUGUUUGGAAACAGUGAUUGGGCGAGUAAUCUGAGGUGGACAAUGGGGCCCGGGAUGUCAGUCCCUUAUAUUGCAGUUCUUGUAACUGCUUUUUUUUCCAUCUCACUUAUGCUUUGGCUUGUUGUAACCCCAUUGAAAUCUGUAAGCACCCGACCCAAUUUAAAACGGGUCGAGAUUCAAGAAACCCGGUCUACAAGAGUCGAUGAUUUGAUUGAAAAGCAAGAAACGGUAACGGGUUCGGGUUUGGGUUUGACCCGUGAGAAUGAAUGUGAUUCUGAUUUUAAUUUGCCCGAGGAGAUUCUGGAUUAUGAAAACGGGCCCCAUUUGACUACCAUUGAAGAAAAUUCUUCGGAUCUUACGAUUGUGGAAACAGUGAAGAAAGAAGACAAUGAUGAUGAUGAUGAUGAUUCAGUUGAAAAGAGAUUGAUAAUUGAUGGAAGUUCAAGUAUUUUGAAAGAUCAUGAGCGGGACCCAUGGGAGCCCGAAGAAGAACAACAACCAAAAGUCGUGUCUGUAACUGUAUUGAAUCAAUUGAAUCAAUCUCCAACUUCUAAUGGGCCGGGCUCAUUUAGGAGUCUUAGUGUGAAAACAGACGAUAUAGGAAGUGGGCCCGGAAGUCUUUCAAAGCUAGCGGGCUUGGGUCGGGCCGCUAGACGACAGUUGGCUACAAAUUUAGACGAUUUCUGGAAACUUCUUUUUGAUUUACAUGGUGAAGCCACACAAGAUGCUAAAACGAAUAAACUCGAUAAGUUACUCGGGAUAGAUUCAAAAGUGAAGCACAGCCCAGGCCCAGGCCCAAACCCAAACCUGGUUAUAUCCAAAAUGGUAAACCCGGAAACCGAAUUUAACGGGUUUAACCCGAAUGUGUCCACCGGGUUAUCCGAUUCGGUUUAUGUGGUACCUCGUGGGUCGUCUUCUCUAUUGUCAAACUAUCAACAAUUACUUGAUGCAUAUGCUCAAAACCCGGGCCUCAAUAUGGACCCGGAGAAACGUUACCAUAGUUUACGCCUACCACAAGCUUCCGGUGGGUAUGCGGAUCAACCCGCUACUGUUCACGGGUACCAAAUUAAAUCCUUAAUCAAUCAAACUAAACAAAGAAAUUCCGAUUACUUCCAAAUGGACUCGGUUUCUCCUAAAUCACCAUCAAUUGGGAAUGCCUCAUUGAACUACAAAUCUCCGGUUUCUUUAACAAGAACCCAACAAAACGGGUUACGACCCGCGAAACCGCCGGGUUUUCCCGACCCGGUUGUGUCCAGAAACACCUCGAUGCAGCCCGAAAGAACUUAUUACAAUCAUCAGCCUGCGGGCCCGGUUGAGAAUGUGCACGAGAAGAAGUAUUACAGUAUGCCAGAUAUUUCCGGGUUGAUUCCUAAUCGGGAGUCUAAAGUUUUACCCGAAAGAGACAGCGGGUCGAGAUAUGGGCAAUCGGUGUAUCCAGGCCCAGGAUCAGGCCCAGGCCCGUUGUACAGGUCCGGGACAAUCUCGGGUUAUGGCGGGUUGUCUUAUUCUAAUUUGUCCCGGGAUGCUGCUGCCUACCAACCCGUUUCCAGUUACGGUUCGGGGAUUGGGUUAGGGUUAGGGUUAGGGUCGGGGUCAGACACGUGGUCAAUGUGGUCAAAACAACCGUCUGAACAAUUUGGUGUGGCUGAAAAGGUUAAUUUGAACACUCAAGAAGCUAUUACAUCUGGAGUAGAUGCUGAAGCAAAUCUUUUGAAGUCAUUUAGGUUGUGUAUUGUCAAACUGUUGAAGCUUGAAGGGUCUGAAUGGUUGUUUAAGCAGAAUGGUGGGUUAGAUGAGGAUCUUGUUGACCGGGUGGCUGCCCGGGAGAGAUUUCUGUAUGAAAUUGAGGGCAACGAGGUGACCCGGGCAGCUGCCCGUGGUGGUGGGACCAAAGUUGAUGAAACUGAAUACAAUAAGUAUUUAGUGACAUCGGUUCCAAAUUGUGGUGAGGGUUGUGUAUGGAGAAUUGAGUUGAUAAAAAGCUUUGGUGUUUGGUGUAUACAUAGAAUUCUCGAGCUUUCUUUAAUGGAAAGUAGACCCGAACUUUGGGGGAAAUACACAUAUGUUCUCAAUCGUCUUCAGGGAAUAAUUGAGCCGUCAUUCUCGAAACCUCGUACACCAUCAAGCGCGUGUUUCUGCCUUCAGCUUCCGGAAGCAUACCACCCGCGAUCAUCUCCGCCCAAAUCCAUCACCAGUCUGCCGCCUCCGGUGAAACAGAGCAGAGGGAAAACCACCACCGCCGCCAGUCUGUUGGACAUAGUAAAAGACGUGGAGACCGCCAUCUCUUGCCGGAAAGGGCGACCGGGUACUGCCGCCGGUGACGUGGCGUUCCCGAAAGGGAAAGAAAAUCUGGCGUCUGUUCUCAAAAGAUACAAGCGGCGGUUGAUGGCGGUGGCUCCGGACGGGUAUAGCCGGAGCCCCUUCUUCCAGGUUUUAGAUUUUGUGCAUGAGUACACGUGGAAUGGUGGAUGUUGCUAAACAGCUUCAUCAUCAAAUUCUUCCAUCUUCUGUGGUAAAACCAAACUGACCCCGUUCAAGAAGAUCUAA